CACGUACGGCGGCUCGUCGUAAGUUACUGAAGUGGCGCAGGAGCCGCUUGAAUAAAUGAAACUGUAUCGAUCCGAAAUCUAAGUCAUCUUCCCUGAUACAGCGGUGGGGUGAAUCCUCUGUUUCUGCUCCUGGAGAUCUUGGUGGAAAACCCACUGAAAAGGAGCCAUGUUUCUCUACAACAUCACCCUGCAAAGAGCCACUGGCAUUACCCAUGCCAUCCAUGGGAACUUCUCCGGAACCAAGAUGCAGGAGAUUGUUGUUUCCAGGGGAAAGAUCUUGGAACUGUUGAGGCCCGAUGCCAACACUGGAAAGGUGCACACCCUGCUCACUGUUGAGGUGUUUGGCAUCAUUAGGUCCCUGAUGGCCUUCAGACUCACUGGAGGAACAAAGGAUUACAUUGUUGUGGGAAGUGACAGUGGUCGUAUUGUUAUCCUGGAAUAUCAUCCUUCCAAAAACAUGUUUGAGAAAAUCCACCAGGAAACAUUUGGGAAGAGUGGCUGCCGACGCAUUGUCCCUGGACAGUUCCUGGCUGUUGACCCAAAAGGCAGAGCUGUCAUGAUAGGCGCUAUAGAGAAACAGAAGUUGGUUUAUAUUCUGAACAGAGACGCAGCUGCUCGACUCACCAUCUCAUCUCCACUGGAAGCUCACAAAGCCAACACACUGGUGUACCAUGUGGUAGGAGUCGAUGUUGGCUUUGAAAAUCCCAUGUUCGCCUGUCUUGAGAUGGACUAUGAAGAAGCUGACAAUGAUCCGACAGGAGAAGCAGCUGCCAACACGCAACAGACACUCACCUUUUACGAGCUGGACCUGGGCUUGAAUCACGUGGUUCGCAAAUACAGCGAGGCGUUGGAGGAGCACGGAAAUUUCCUUAUCACUGUUCCUGGUGGUUCAGAUGGACCCAGCGGAGUCCUGAUCUGCUCUGAAAACUACAUCACAUACAAGAAUUUUGGAGACCAACCUGACAUUCGGUGUCCCAUCCCACGCCGCAGGAAUGACCUGGAUGACCCAGAGAGAGGCAUGAUCUUCGUAUGCUCUGCCACUCAUAAGACCAAGUCCAUGUUCUUCUUUCUGGCCCAGACGGAGCAGGGAGACAUCUUUAAAGUUACCCUGGAAACAGAUGAAGAAAUGGUCACAGAAAUCAGGCUGAAGUACUUCGACACCAUCCCAGUGGCAGCAGCCAUGUGUGUCCUGAAGACAGGCUUCUUGUUUGUGUCCUCAGAAUUUGGAAACCAUUACCUCUACCAGAUCGCCCACUUGGGUGAUGAUGAUGAGGAGCCAGAGUUCUCCUCUGCGAUGCCAUUGGAAGAGGGAGACACCUUCUUCUUUCAGCCCCGCCCCCUCAAGAACCUGGUGCUGGUGGAUGAACAGGAGAACUUAUCACCCAUCAUGUCUUGUCAGAUUGCUGAUUUGGCCAAUGAGGACACUCCUCAGCUGUAUGUGGCCUGUGGACGAGGACCCAAGUCUACUCUCCGAGUCCUUCGACACGGAUUGGAGGUUUCAGAGAUGGCUGUGUCAGAGCUGCCCGGUAACCCCAAUGCUGUGUGGACCGUACGCCGACACGUAGAAGAUGAGUUUGACGCCUACAUCAUCGUGUCUUUCGUCAACGCUACUUUGGUCCUGUCCAUCGGAGAAACCGUAGAGGAAGUGACAGACUCUGGUUUCUUGGGAACGACGCCCACUCUGUCCUGCUCGUUACUCGGUGAAGACGCUCUGGUCCAGGUUUACCCAGACGGUAUUCGCCACAUCAGAGCAGAUAAGCGUGUGAACGAGUGGAAAACACCCGGCAAAAAAACCAUCGUCCGCUGUGCCGUGAACCAGAGGCAGGUGGUCAUCGCUCUGACCGGAGGGGAGUUGGUCUACUUCGAAAUGGACCCGUCGGGUCAGCUGAACGAGUACACCGAGCGGAAGGAGAUGUCUGCAGAUGUGGUGUGUAUGAGCUUGGCUAAUGUUCCACCUGGCGAGCAGCGUUCCAGAUUUCUGGCUGUGGGACUCGUGGACAACACCGUCCGAAUCAUUUCCCUGGACCCGUCGGACUGUCUGCAGCCUCUGAGUAUGCAGGCUCUACCAGCUCAGCCUGAGAGUCUGUGUAUCGUGGAGAUGGGCGGUGUGGAGAAGCAGGACGAACUGGGAGAAAAGGGAACCAUCGGCUUCCUCUACCUCAACAUAGGCCUUCAGAACGGUGUCCUGCUGCGAACGGUUCUGGAUCCGGUGACCGGCGACCUGUCCGACACCAGAACACGUUACCUGGGUUCACGACCAGUUAAACUCUUCAGAGUCAGGAUGCAGGGACAGGAAGCUGUGUUGGCCAUGUCCAGUCGCUCGUGGCUCAGCUACUCAUAUCAGUCUCGCUUCCAUCUGACCCCUCUGUCCUAUGAGACUCUGGAAUACGCCUCUGGUUUUGCAUCCGAGCAGUGUCCGGAAGGCAUAGUGGCCAUCUCCACCAACACCCUGAGGAUUUUGGCAUUGGAGAAAUUAGGCGCCGUCUUCAACCAGGUGGCGUUUCCUCUACAGUACACCCCCAGGAAGUUCGUCAUUCACCCAGAAACCAACAAUCUGAUUUUGAUUGAGACUGACCACAAUGCCUAUACCGAGGCGACCAAAGCACAGAGGAAGCAGCAGAUGGCUGAGGAGAUGGUGGAGGCCGCCGGUGAGGAUGAAAGAGAACUGGCCGCUGAGAUGGCCGCCGCUUUCCUUAACGAGAAUCUGCCCGAAGCCAUUUUUGGGGCCCCUAAAGCUGGCGCCGGGCAGUGGGCGUCGCUGGUCCGACUGGUCAACCCCAUCCAGGGCUCAACACUGGACCAGGUGCAGCUGGAGCAGAACGAAGCUGCAUUCAGUGUUGCAGUUUGUCGCUUCACCAACACUGGAGAUGACUGGUACGUUCUAGUGGGCGUGGCCAGAGACAUGAUUCUCAACCCCAGGUCGGUGGGCGGUGGCUUUAUCUACACGUACCGGCUCACCAGUGGUGGCGAGAAGCUAGAGUUUGUGCACAAGACACCAGUGGAGGAUGUGCCGUUGGCCAUCGCGCCGUUCCAAGGGCGCGUCCUGGUGGGAGUCGGAAAACUGCUCCGAAUCUACGACCUGGGAAAAAAGAAGCUGCUGCGCAAAUGUGAGAACAAGCAUGUUCCCAACCUGGUGACGGGCAUCCACACCAUCGGACAGCGCGUCAUCAUCUCCGACGUGCAGGAGAGUCUGUUCUGGGUUCGAUACAGACGCAACGAGAACCAGCUCAUCAUUUUCGCCGAUGACACGUAUCCUCGCUGGGUGACGACGGCCUGUCUGCUGGACUACGACACCAUGGCGUCCGCUGACAAGUUUGGGAACAUCAGCAUCGUGCGUCUUCCUCCAAACACAAGCGAUGAUGUAGAUGAAGACCCCACAGGGAACAAGGCAUUGUGGGACAGAGGCCUCCUUAAUGGAGCAUCACAGAAGGCUGAGGUGAUUGUCAACUACCACAUAGGAGAGACGGUGUUAUCGCUACAGAAAACCACUCUGAUCCCGGGCGGUUCUGAGUCGCUGGUUUACACCACACUGUCUGGAGGCAUCGGUAUACUGGUCCCAUUCACGUCACACGAGGAUCAUGACUUCUUCCAACACUUGGAGAUGCACAUGCGCUCAGAGUUCCCUCCACUUUGCGGCCGGGACCACCUCAGCUUCAGAUCCUACUACUUCCCAGUAAAGAACGUGAUCGACGGAGAUCUGUGCGAGCAGUUCAACAGCAUGGACCCCCACAAACAGAAGAGCGUGGCCGAGGAGCUGGACAGGACGCCGCCCGAGGUCUCCAAAAAGCUGGAGGACAUUCGCACCCGCUACGCCUUCUAAACUUAGACGGACACAUUGACAGACGUCCUGCUGUGGCACAGACUCACGGACAAGUACGGGGUUCAACACUUGAACGAGGGCAGACACGUGUCACUACAUGGAAAUGCAGCCGUGAUCAUGAGUUCAGACUGGAUGGAAACUUUCUUACCCUCCAUAAAACACAAAAUUAGUCGCAACUAAACUUUUAUUUUUGCGGAUGCUUUCUGUUUUAACUAAAAACCGAAAUCUGCU